GAUCAACCCUAACCCUUGCUCUUGAUUCUUGAUUCUGGACUGCUGCCGAUCUGGCCAGCUUUCAGGGAUGUCGUCAGUGGGUCAGUUGCUGACAAUUGCGAUCGCAUUUCCAAGAUUCACAGCUCAACACCGUCGGGCCACCCGCGAAGCUCGCACUGCACACCCGCCAUAUCAUGACGAUCAUCGGUAUCACCUCGUCGGCGCAAUGGCGCCAGACGCUCAGCUCGCACACCGUCGUCGUUGCCGACUGUAAGUUCCCCUUCCCCAUGCGCUCCGUGGGGCAACCGCCACUUGCACCGCAGUGCAACUGUAAGAUCCCAGUCCACUGACGUCCACUGACCUCGCGAUCUCCGGGACCAUAGUCUACGCUGACUGGUAUGAACCACAUACCAACCCAACCCCCCGAACCUCCUCCAGUACACCCCUCCUCCCCCGCCAACUAACACGCUCUUCCACCUUCCUUCAGGUGCGGCCCCUGCAAGAUGAUCGCGCCGACGUUCGAGUCGCUCGCGACGAAGCACGCCAAGCCGGGCCGGGUGGCCUUCUGCAAGGUCGACGUCGACGCGCAGGGCGACGUGGCGCGCCAGUACGGCGUGCGGGCCAUGCCGACCUUCCUCGUGCUGCGCGCCGGCGCCGUCGUCGACACCAUCCAGGGCGCCAACCCGCCCGCCCUGAUCGCCGCCGUCGAGAAGGCCGUCAAGCUGGCGGCCGGGCCCGGCGGCGCCGCGGGCGCGGCGUUUUCGGGCACCGGGCAUAGGCUGGGCGGUAGCGGCGUCGGCGGCUCCGCGCCCGCUGCGAGGGGGGCGGCGUCGGUCGCGAGGCCGUUUAGUUGGUCUCUGAGCGGAUUCUUGGAGGCGCUGAUUGGGUUUUUUGGCUUGUAUUUUUGGUCGCUGUUCUCGCUUGAUCCCUACAAGGCGGCCGAGAAUUCGCCGUUCAACAAGAACAGGCCUCCACCGCCGAGGACCGGUGGGACUCGACCGGCGGGCCGUCCUGGGUUCAAGACCUUGUCUGACCUGGGCGCCUCCUGA